CUCUUUUCCACCAAAACCCCAACCACAGUAGAAUAAUUCUUCCAGUCAACCAAUAGUAAUAUUCAAUAUGCACGCCUUCACCACCCUCGCCGCCGCCCUCGUGGUCGCUGGAGCCCAAGCUGCCCCUGCUCUUGAGAGCCGCCAGAUCAUCUACGGAUGCUACUUCACCGGCGACGGCAUCAUCGACCAGUACGUCAGCGUCGGCCACGACAUCGACGUCACUGGCGCCAGCGGCAAGACCUGGAACAUCGACUGCGGCACGACAUCGCAGCAGCUCGUCCCCAACGUCUUCGCCAAGUGCGACGUGAACGGAAAGCAGCCCUUCGGUAUCACUGCCAACGCGAAGGACGUCAACGCCAUCAACUGCCCGAUUUCCUAAGUCAAUGAUCGCAUUUAUCUAACGUCAACCAUAUAACCAACAUAGCCUUGAUAAUAAUAGAAAUUUAAUUUGAACACCUUGACAAC